GGGGAGCCGAUGCAGGGCUCUGGGAAGGGUUUUGAUCUUUUCCUCUCAUGCAGGGGGCACGGAGUAUUACUGGUUCUGCCUCUCGCCUCUCCUCUGUGAAGUAUCGCUCCAGAAGUGACAGUGUUAACAAAUACAGUGGAAGAGACUGCUCUGUAAGCUGAGCUCCAUGGUCACAUGCACGGGUUUUAUUUUUAACAUCCCAAAACUACUUGAUGUUUCUGCCUGGGCUUGCUCUGUGUCCUCCCGUUCUCUCCUCUUUCUUUGCUUGCAGCUCUCCCUUACCGACCUCACUUCAACCCAGCUUAGCACAACCGGGAGAGCAAGUGUUUGGUGAACACGCGGGGACUCUAUGAUUAAGCGCCGGGCUCAGAAAGCUUCCCCUGGGCAGCACAGGCACUGCGAGAGAUGUUUCAACCGGCACUGCCGCGCACCGACUGAGCCCUCCAUCUCCUGCAUGGUGAUCAGCUGCCGCCUUCGCUGCGGGGCCGCCUUCCACAUGUGCAAGGAGGAGGAGCACCAAUUGCUCUGUCCCUUAGAGCAGGUCUCCUGCCUCAACUCAGCCUAUGGCUGCCCUUUUUCCAUGGCCCGCUUUAAGCUGGCGAAGCACCUCCAGGUCUGUCCAGCCAGUGUUGUCUGCUGCUCGAUGGAGUGGAAUCGAUGGCCAAACGUGGAUUCGGACACAACCCUCCACAAGAACAUUAUGAAGGAGACCUUGAACGAAGAGUGUCUGGACACAGCCUUGGCGCUCAGAGACCAGAAGAUCCUUUUCAGGGCUUUGAAAAUAGCCGAAUUGUUUCCAGAGUGGAGGAAAAAGGAUGAAGUGGAAGAGCUGAUGGACGAAGCCAUGGAUGGGGAAGAAGGUGCUGUGGGAGGAGUAGCCUGUGGUUCCCAAGAGGGCGACGACCAGUUGUCCGAGCUCAGCCAACGUGAGCGUGAAGAUUUGGCAAAGGACAAAGAGGGAAUGGAUCUGGGGAGUUACAAAACCUGGGAGAACAUUUUCAGCAAAGAGCUCCUGGCUUGCAAGGUAACGGGCUCAGCAGCCAGCACAGGACAGAAGACAGAGGCUUCCAAGAAAAGAGCGUCAGCCCCUCACACUGCCAGCUCCACAGAGAAGGCAAAGGAAGUACCUGACAGUGCAGAAGAGGCAAAGGACCAAAAGCCCGAACAAGUAACACCAAAUACAGAAAUGACAGGACUGGCUCCCUGGCAAGAAGGGGUCCUGGAGAGGCUGAAGAAGGAAGUUGGUGUAGGUGAUUACAACAUGUAUCUGGUACAUCACGGGGGAAUGCUCAUCCGCUUUGGCCAGCUAGCUGCUUGCACUCCCAAAGAAAAAGAUUUUGUCUACGGGAACUUGGAAGCUCAGGAGGUGAAGACUGUCUACACCUUCAAAGUGCCAGUUAGUUACUGUGGCAAAAGAGCACGACUAGGAGAUGCACUGGGCCACAAGAUGCCAACUUCAGACAAGUCAGUGGAUACCUCAGAAUUGGGAUUAAACCUAGAAGAACUACCUAAGGCAAAUAUAGUUAAAGCCACACUGCUGUGUGCACUGGAAAAAGAGCUGAAAGGCCAUGAGAUCUCCGAAGCAAGAGGUAUCGAUGGACUCUUUAUGGAUUUUGCAACACAGACAUACAGCUUUCCUCUGGAGCCCUUCUCCUCCAGUGCUGUCCUAGCAGAUAUUCUGGAUGAAAAAAGCCCACCAGAACUCCACAUGGAGCUCUACACUGAAUGCGUAACCAGAAGACACAACAAAAGCAGUUCAGCUUUCACAUUCACUUGCAGUCAUUUCUUCAGGAGGGACGAGUUCCCGUCCCACUUCAAGAAUGUGCACGCUGAUAUCCAGUCAUGUCUGGAUGGAUGGUUCCAGCGUCGCUGCCCACUGGCCUACUUGGGAUGUACUUUUGUUCAAAAUCCCUUCCGCCCUGAUGGACUUAAGGCCAAGGUUAUAUACAGCAAGCCUCUCAAGACAUUUGCUAUUAAGCCAGAGGUGGACACCCUCCUUGCCGAAUCAGGGAAGUGCAAUUCCACAGUGGCUAAUCAAGGGAGAAAUAAGGACUUGCUGAGCAGCCUCCCAGUGGAAGUGCUCAAGUACAUUGCGGGGUUCCUGGACAGCUUCAGUUUAUCUCAGCUGUCGCAAGUGUCAGUGCUGAUGAGGGACAUCUGUGCCACUCUUCUUCAAGAGAAGGGAAUGGUCCUGCUGGUCUGGGAGAAAAGAAGGUAUUCCCAUGGUGGUGCUUCGUGGAAAGCUCGCAAAAAGAUCUGGCAGUUCAGCAGCCUGUUCUCCAGAGUUCACAAAUGGCAGCGCAACGACGUCGCGUGCAUGUCGGAGCACCUGAAGAAUUGUCCCUUCUACCAAGUGGAGCACAAGACGGACCCUGUGCUGCUGACAGGCAUGUCCGAAUCUCGAGAGCAGACUCAAAAGACUUUGGUUUCUACUUUCAAGCGCAGAGUCUGAACAACCUGCUUCCCCUCUACCAUGCUCCUUUCAGGGCCCUUGAAAAGAAGAUUUGGGGAUUCGGGUGUAAAGAUUGUUGCUUCCAACUCUCCUUUGAACGUACAAAACUGGCUUCUCCCCAGCUGUAUUUGAAACACCCUGCAUCUUUUUUUUCCUGCAUUAAUUUAAUUGUUAAAACUUCUUUCACUGCUCACUGAUAUCACAUGCUUUCUGAUUAUGUUUCUGUUCCCUGCUUAAUACAGCAUCCCGAAGAAAGCAAUAAGGAUCUUGUUUGAAAAAAGCAUCUUUGCAACCUUGAAGGUAGGCUGCCGGUCCUGUACCAUGUCCCUGGAAGAGCAGCUAAUGUACCUACCUCGACUAGGUCUGAAACACCUUAGUUUUGGGUGGAAAGCCAGGUUCUAGGAGCACAGGUAGAUGCCCUCCUGCCUGGCAGACCUAGGGACUGCUAAUCUGUUCUGAGGCAUGGGCAAAAGAAAAGGAACACCCAAAAUUAAGUGAAUUAAUUAGAACUCCAGUGAGGAGUCAGGAAUUCACUGCACAGCCACAGACCAUCGUUUAGGACCCCGAUUCAGGCAAGCAUGGCUAGUUGAGCGCAAGCCUAAAGCUGAGCUUGUGGGAGCAUUCAAACCAAACCAAAGCAAACAAACUUGCUCUUUGCUAGAAAUCACCAAGUAGCAAAGAGUUUUAGGGGCUCAAAUGACUUUUUAUAUUUUUCAGUUAAUAACUUUCUCUGUUUUAUUUAAAAAUCCAUUAAAGCCAUCAAAGAUAUUUGAAGUCAUUUUUAGAAUGCCUUACCUACUCAGUUUUGCAGCUGUAAAUUGCAAAUUGUAAUUGUAAGCAACCAUAAACAGUAUGUCAAAGAAAUAUUAUUCUUUUCUGUAAAAGAAAAGGCAUUCGGCAACCCGUUCAGUAACAGUAUGGAUAAUGUUUGCUUCAGUUAAAUGGGCUGGAGUAUAAGAAUUUUUUCUUUUUUUUACAGGGCAGAAGAGUGAUUAGGAUUUGGUUUAAUUUUUAAUAAAUACACUAAUUUAAAACCAGAAUGUGCUUGUUGAGGCAACAGAUGAGAGAAAGCGGGCGUGUUACCAACAGCGUCUGUCUUAUUACACUACUUAAACCCACUUCAGAGGCGCUAGUUAGAAAUGCCAUAGUUGUGGUGGUGGUGGUGGGAUUCCUCUGAAAUGGCCAUAAACCGAUUCGACAACUUAGAGCCGCUGCACAGCCACAGCGGUGCUGACUCACACCCCUUUCUUCUUUAAGCUCAUCGCCAGAAGUGUGAGCUCAGGACACGAGGUCUGGCUUUCAUCUCACCGUCUCAGGCAGGAGAACCUCGCCAGGAGCUGGGACGGCUGCAGGUGAAAACUGUCCCAGGUUGAUGGACGCACGCCGAACUUGCCAUCCCCGGUCUCGGUACAGAUCUGGGCUGAGGCAGGCUAUGCAAGAAGGAGCCCUCUCCUACCGAUAAAGGUUGCUGAUGAACCUGAGCUGAGCGCUUGGUAAUCGAAGGCAUGAAUUGCAUGGUGGCCGAAACCAUGCUGAGUGCAGCUCGUCCUCAUCUACACUUGCGGUUUAAGUGGUCCCUGUGAGAUUUAUAACCAUACGAGGAUGUUUUUCUUCUCCAGACACGCACCCUCAGGAGCGUAUCAUCUGAGUUGAGCGGACAGUGGACUUGUCCCAGGAGCAGGAGUAGCAGCAGUUACAGAUUUAUUUAUUUUUUAAUGCUAUUCUGUUUUCUGUCCCUAGAGAUCCUUUCUGGGAAGUCUCAUAGUGCUUUACACAUGAGAAUAAACUUGUCUGCGCCGGUAUCCUGUGGAAAACACAACAAGUAGCAUCCCAGUUUUAUGCAGAGGAAACUGAAGCAAAUGAACACGGGGAACCUAAGCUGGGCCAGGAGCAGUUAAAGCUGCGUGCUCUGAUCCUUCACUCUGUGGCUUAAGCCGCUGUGCAAAAACAAACGGGCCAUCCUUUAAAGUUGCUUACAAAAACUCACCUGUCCUCAAAACAUCCCAUAUAAAAUUAGUCGCCCAAUAUUAUCACUCUGUUUUACACAGGGAAGUUGACAGAGGAGAGAACAUACAGCCAGACUUCCUAGACUGGUCUCUACAUCAGGGCCUCAUCCUUCACAUAUCAUGUACCUGAUCUUGAAAGAUGCUGAGCACCCAACUGUAGCUGCAGACCACAGUGGCUGCAAAUGCACGUCCAAAAAUUGGGUGUCAGUAUCUAUGCUGGGUACUUAAAAAAUGGAGUCACUCAAAAUUAUGGAUAAUUUGGGGAGGGGAAAAAAAAAGAGGGUUAAAUAAUAGGGUCUCAGAGUAAGUCAGUGUUCAAGGCUGGUAUAAGAGACCAUGAAAAACUUCUACGUGUGAACUAUCUCUCACCUGAUCAGCCACUUAGCUGCUGCAAACUGGUGUAGCUGCCCUGAAAUUGUGGCUUAUGUUAGGUAUGAAUUGGGCUCGUUUUACC